AAACUUAUUAUUCUGAUUUCGAAUUUCCUAGCUCUCAGUUGAUCAGCACUUGAUUCUGGAUCAUGUUGAUAUAUAAAGUAUGUGUGAUUUUGUUGUUGAAUAUGGUUUUCCUAAAAGGCAUUGCAUCAAAAAGUACCGAAGAGAAAAAAUCUGAGGUAAACUUUCCUAAUCCUGAGAAAGACGAAAUUUAUUUUGAAGGUGAUAUCAUAUUACCUGAGAAAUCAUUGCGAAAUGGCAUUGUUGGAGAUACAUAUAGAUGGGAUAAAGGAAUCAUUCCGUUCAUGUUAACUGGGGAUUAUACUAAAAUACAAAAACGAGUUUUAUUUCGAGCAGUGGCCACGUUUCAUAAAUAUACGUGUAUCAAGUUUAUUCGUCGAAAGAUUGGGCAUAACGAUUAUUUCAAAAUCGUUGAUGAGAGUCCGGGCUGUUUUUCCGGAGUAGGAAGAUUGUCCUAUGGAAAAAAUAAAAUGAAUCUGGGUAAGGAUUGUUUUACAAAAAUUGGAAUAAUUAUACAUGAACUAAUGCACAUAAUUGGUUUUUGGCACGAACACAGCAGAAGUGAUCGAGAUCAAUUCGUUGACAUUUUUAAAGAAAAUAUUAUAGCUGGGGAAGAAAAUAAUUUUGUGAAACAAAAUACUACUAUUAAUUUUAAUCAAACGUAUGAUUAUGAAUCUGUAAUGCAUUAUUUUUCUAAUGAAUAUUCUAAAAACGAUAACUACACAAUAGUACCAAAGAAUGAAUCAUUUAUAGACAUCAUUGGUCAACGACACGGAUUGUCGAAGAUAGAUAUAACUAAAGUAAAUCUUAUGUAUAAUUGUUCUGAAAAAACCGACGCCAUUGUUAACGAUACGAGACAGAUUUACGUUGCGAGCGAGGAAGAAUAUAAAACUUAUUUAUCACCUGAUGAUUUAUUGUUUUUAUGAUAUAACUAUUAAAGUUUAAUACAGA